AGGCAAAUGGGACAGAAAGCACAAAACAUAUAACAGAAAGUCAGUUUCAAAGCGCACACUGUUGUUUAUGUCUGACUUGCCUCUUUUUUUGACGAGUUGACGAGAGACGAUAUCUUUACUGGCUAUUGGCUACGCUAAGUUUUAGCAACAGACCAGAACAGACUGUGACUGUGGCUGUACUCUUAUUAGCUGUACUCGUGUUGUAAAAGUAAAGAGUAAAGUUCACUGCGCCAGGUGUUGGUGUUAGGUGUAAUGUUAGAGAGUGUAGACAUCCAUAAUAAAUAAAAUCCUAACCUCUCAGUGUGCCAGUAGAAAAUAUAUAAAAAAUGAAAGUUUUCUACCAAAUUAUUUUCGUCGUUGCGUAUUUUGGAUACAUUACUAGUCAAAGUGUAAACGAUAUCGACGUAGACGAUGUGAAAAAGAAGUUGGAAGACAGUAUACCAGGAAUUAACGACCUGGACACAAGUAAAUUUAAUAUGUCCAAAUUGCCUAGUGAAGAAGACGUUGAAAAAGUACUUAGAGAAAAAUGCAAGAAGAAUGGCGCUGAGGGUGCUGUGGAUGCAUUGAAGGAUCAACAAGAAACGGUUAAGGCCUGUUUAGAAAGCCAUAUAAACCACACGGUGAUUGAAGAAGAACUGAAUGAAGCCAAAAAAACUGGCUCUAUGGAUGAAGUUUUCGGAAAAUACUGCAAUAAGUGGCCCUCGAUCUACGCUUGUCUGGAUAACGUUACUCUGACUGCACGGUCAUGCAUGGACGACAAAGAAGAGGUCGCCUUCAAUAAAAGUUUGCAGAUCGUCUCCGAAUUACAAGAAUUCAUGUGCUUCAAGGAUGGAGAUCGUCUAGCCAUGUUUGUGGCAGAGGGUGGCAUGGAAUGCGUAAACGAGCAGAAGGAUGGCAUACAGAAAUGUAUCAAUGAGACAGUAGGCGAGAAAAUUCCCGACCCUGAGGAUUUUUCAGUUGCCUCCCUGCCAACAUUCUUGUUUUCGCGCAGAGAUUGCGAAGAUUUUGAUAACAUCCGGGCAUGCGUCAACAAGGAACUAGAAAAGUGUAAGAACACCACGCCGGCCAACAUAGUCGACGCGUUCUUCAAGUUUCUGAAGAAGCACAUGCCUUGCGGUACUACGGAAGUAAGAGGCGCAUCACCCGUCCAAUCUGAGCCGUCUUGGGCGGCGAAGUCGUUCUCUGCUAGCAGUCUGUUCACGGUUGUAGUCCUGUUGAGUUUAAAAAUGUUUUAGUUGCGGUGAACAGCGACGUAUCUUCUAACGAUUCGAUGCUCUCAAGGUUUGGUUAAAAAGUAUUCUACCGGCGUUAAUUUAUAAUCUAGUUUAUGGUUCGUUCGAGAAGUUGUUUGCAAGUCCAGAGUUUAUUCGUUAUUUUUAUCUUACACCACUUAGAAUAUAGAUGUUUUUUAUAAUAAUUGUGUUAAAAAAAAAGUUGUUCAGGGUUUUAUAUUAUUUCUGUUUAUUUUAAUGUAUUUGCAGUUUUACUGUCAUACAUAUGUACAUAUUGUGAUAUUUUCAUAAAAACUUUGUAAUGGUAUGGAACUGAAUAUAUAUUUUUAUCAGUAA